AUGGCUAACUUAUCCAUAGAUACAGCUGCCAAACACAAAGUCCUAUCUUUCAUGGAUGGGAAUGCCGGUUAUAAUAAGAUAAAAAUGGCUAAAGAAGAUAUACACAAAACAGCUUUUAAGUGCCCAGGUCAUGUGGGAGCAUAUGAAUACUUAGUCAUGCCAUUCGGGCUCAAAAAUGUUGGUGCAACCUAUCAAAUAGCAACGAAUGCCAUUUUUCAUGACUUAAUCGGCCAUAGCAUGGAAGUAUACAUUGAUGACAUCGUGGUGAAAUCUAAAACUGGAGAACAACACUUGGUAGACCUCAGACAAGCUUUAACAAGAAUGAGAAUCCAUAAGCUGAAAAUGAAUCCAAAGAAAUGUGCUUUCGAGGCAGAGUAUGAGGCAUUGAUAAUUGGCCUGGGGAUUUUAAUAGAGUUAGGGGCAACUGAAGUUAAGAUGUUUGGUGAUUCAGAAUUGGGCAUUGAAAUAUCAACCAACCAUAUUCCCAGAGCAUCAAACACGAUUGCCAAUGAGAUGGCACAAUUAGUUUCUGGAGCACAGAUCCAAGAAAAGAAGUUCGAAAGGGAUAUAGAAGUUAACAAGAGACAUAUCCCAUCUAUCUUUGAAAGGGGAUUCAGCCUAGAUGUGAUGACUGAAGAAAUAGAGAUAGAGGAUUGGAGGACACCUAUUGUUCAGUAUUUGAAAGAUUCAUCCUUCCCCACGAGUAAGAAAAAUACACAACAAGCAACUAAGUAUGUUUUGUGGAAUGGAAAUCUAUUAAGAAAGACUCAGAUGGACUUUUGCUUAAAUGUUUAG